AUCAGGAAAAUGGGUUCAUUUUCUCUAAUAUUCUGCAUGUUAGGCUUAAUACUCAUUGUGCAUGUUAGUCACGUUGCACAUGCCCAAGACUCACCAGCAGACUACGUGAAUGCCCACAACCAAGCAAGAUCGGCAGUUGAUACAAAUAUUAAAAUUCCAAACAUUAUUUGGGACAACAAAGUUGCUGCUUAUGCACAAAAUUAUGCUAAUCAACGCAAGGAUUGUCAAUUGGUCCACUCCGGUGGUGACCGUUACGGAGAAAAUAUCGCAGAGAGCAGCGGCGAUAUGAGUGGUAUCGAAGCAGUGAAGUUAUUUGUGGAUGAAAAACCAAACUACGAUUAUAGUAGUAACUCAUGUGUUGGUGGUGAAUGCCUCCAUUAUACUCAGGUGGUUUGGAGAAACACAAAACGUAUUGGAUGUGCCAAAGUGAAAUGUGAUAAUGGAGGAACAUUCAUUACUUGCAAUUACGACCCCCCUGGCAACUAUAUUGGCGAAAGACCAUACUAA